UGGUUUUAGACAGAGGGUGAAAAAAGUGGCUGCCGCACAGGCAGUAUGAGAAAAAUAAAGACCUUUUGAACAUUAAAGGAUGUUAACAUGUCACAGUAGAGACAUAAAAUGCAAAUAUGAAGCUGAAAAUGAGCAAAUUAAGGCCCCUUUGAGUACAGUAGAACAGGAGUACCAGCACAUUAGGCAAUUUACUGUUCUUUAGGAAGCCCUGAAAAAGCUAUACAAAUCUAUUAUAAUUCAAGUUUACACUAUUAAAAAUAUUUUCAAUGUUUACCUUGCUGACUGGGCGCAAGGGAACUUAAGCCUUACGUGUGCCAUCCCUUAAAAUCCAACAGAAUUCAUUGAAAAAACAGUAAUUUUAGCAGACCUUACUUAUUGCAGCAACAUCUGUUCUGUGAGGUGAAGUUUCAGGUUUUAUCAAAGGAGUCUGAUGGCUUUCAAGAGAGAAUUAAGACAAAGUAAAGUGGUGAAAAUAUUGAAAGUUUAAAGCACAUUUAAACUGAUAUUGAUAUUUCAGGUGACUGACUAUGUUCUGCUUCUGCUCCUCUUUACAGCAGUAGGCUACAUUGCUUUGCUCAGCGCUGCUGCUCCUGUCUGUUUUUCCAAACUGGGGACAUGCCAACUUUCAUCCUACCUCAUACAAUACAUAAAAUCAUCCAAACCAUCCCUUUAAGACUUGUAACUUUUAACAAUUGUUUUAAUGACGUAAAUGAUUGUAUGUGUCAUCAGAUUAAAUUGACAAAAUGUUCGCCUAGGCCAGCUGUUGCACUCUCGGAUACAUCCAAUUAGGCCAAACCUUCACACACUCUGCCCAUGAGGGAUAUGUCUCCCUCCAUGCAUCCCUGCAGCCUCUUAAGUCUCCGCCAGGUUUAGCUGUUUGGACCAAAGUCCCAUCCCUGUCAUCCUGGGUGUCCCUACUUUCCCUUUUGUCUACCCCCCUGAGGGGUGGUUAAGACCUCCUCCAGCACAUCAUCCACCCAGACCUCAGCCUCAGCUGCACUCGUCCUCUCUGCUUUUUUUAAAAAUAGGCUGGGAUAUCAGUGUGGACAGCUUAGAGACCUGGACACAUCUUGGGGAUUGAGGAAUGUCUCCCAGACCCUUCAUAUCUGUGUGAAUCCUCCGAGUAAUCUGUCUGUGUGUUUGUGUCCAUGCAUGUGUGUGUGUGUGGAGAUAGAUCCCGUAUUACUAGCUGGAGAGAGGAUCUUCUGUUCAGAUGAGAGAGUGGACCGAGUUGGACAUGAGUUUUUCGGCAGGGGGCUUUCUCUCCGCCUCGGAUGGUUACUGCUCCACAGAGCCGCUCCAGUACUAUGACAUGCUGGCGGACCCUAUGGGCUACCCCCUGCAGGACCCUGACCUCCAGCUGCUCCCUUACAGCCAACAACAGUACAGCCCUGCCAACCUACCCUUCUCCCUCUAUGGCUCUCCACCUUCCUCCACCUCCUCUCCCUCCUCUUCCUCUUCCUCCUCACAGCCCUGCCACCUCCCCUACCACUACAGUCAUCAUUGUCUGGAGGCCCCCUGUGACCCCAGCCCGGAGCCCCACUGCAGGGGCCUCGCUCAGGGGCUCGGAGCGGUGGGACUGCCCCUGGGGCGGAGGACGCGGGUGGGGUGUGGAGGGAAGGGCAGAGGCCAGGAGGAGCUGUGUGUGGUGUGUGGAGACAAAGCGUCAGGGUAUCACUACAACGCUCUGACCUGCGAGGGGUGUAAAGGUUUCUUUAGGCGUAGUGUAACCAAAAAGGCGGUGUAUCACUGUAAGAGUGGCGGUGGCUGUGAGAUGGACAUGUACAUGAGGAGGAAGUGCCAAGACUGUCGGCUCAGGAAGUGCCGCGCUGUGGGAAUGCUGGCUGAGUGCCUUCUGACGGAGGUGCAGUGCCAGUCCAAGCGGCUGAGGAAAGGAGAGGGCAGAGGACAGGAGGAAGAGGAGAGCCCAGAGAGCAGGAGGGUCAGCUCCACCAGCAGGCUACCUGGACAGGCUUUGUCUGUCAGUUUAACCCGAGAACAGAGGUACAUUGUGGACCGGUUGGCGGAGGCCCAUCGACUGUACAGAGCACAGGACACCAGCGACUGCAGGUUUGAAUGGCCAUGUACAGAAGAAAUGGAGGGCUUGUCUGAUUUCAUAUCUCCCCACAUGCAAAGACUGCUACAGUUUGCCAGGACAGUGCCAGGUUUUGAUCUCCUGGAUUUUUCAGACCAGAGAUCUCUGUUGUCUGUCUCUUCAUUGGAGGUCAUGUUCCUGCUCUCCGCUCAGCUGUUCUCCCACAACCCAGCAUGCCCCAGUCCAGCCCUGCAGAUUUUUAGUAUGUCAUCACACAACUGGCUGAGAAAUGUAGAGUCAAAGGAAAACGUCCACAGUAGGAUGCUGCCAGUCAACUCAGGAUGCAGUGAGAAUCUCCUCGGGCCCGUUCUCAACUUCUUCCACAGCAUGGCAGCGCUGCGGGUGACGGAGGCAGAGUACUCCCUGCUCACUGCGACAGCUCUGCUCUGCUCAGACCGAGCUUCCCUGCAGGCUGCCAGCUGUGUUGAGAAAAUGCAGGAAAUGAUCCUGGACCUGCUGUCCAGAGUGUGUGGGGCCCAGGCUGGAGCUGCGCGAGGGGGACCACAGCGGUUUGGCCGCCUGCUGGGCAGACUGACGGAGCUACGGACCCUCCGUCACAACUACCUCCUCCUGACGAGACAGCAGCUCAGACAAUGACUGGGAGGACAUGGUGGAAAUAGGGAAAAACAGCAACACAAUUGCUGUAAGAGCUGGGCAAUUUUACAAAAACAUUUGCGAAAUUCCAAGGUUUUAUCUGAUAUUGAUAAGCCUGUAUUGGAUUAUAUGGCCUCAACAACAAAUCUUUGACCAUUUGCUCAGCGGACAAUAGUCCAGCUUUCAUUGAGUUGAAGAAAGCUUUUGAUGGGACUAAGAUGUUUGCGGACUGCUAAUUUGUUUGGACAAAUAUAUUUUAUAGGUACUUUUAUAACUGGUGUAUGCAGCUUACAUGUAAUUGUUACUCACUAUGCUGUUGUAAAAAUAAAACCAAAAGUUUGAGUGAAACCCGGGACUAAAUGGACAAUACUUUCUCCAGACCUGUUGGCUCUUUCAAACAUUAUAAUCAAAAGGUAAGACAAAAAAAUGUAUACUGAAGUAUGUCAGAAAAUGGAAUUACUGUCGGGAAAAUAAAUGAAGUCAUUGUGUAUUAUGUUAAUAAAUAUGCAAAACGUAA